AUGGACCCUCUGCGUAGGGAGAUGCAGAUCCGGACGAGGAUAGAGUCGAUCUUCAACAAACGUGAGGAGAACUUCGCUUCCAGGCAGGAGUACCAUGAAUACCUGGAGGAGAGGGAGGACAUCAUCUUCAACCUGGUGGAGCGCAUCGACGUCAAGGAGAUGGAAAGCAGGGUGGAGGAGUACCGGAGGGUCAAUGCAGACAGCAUCGUACGCAACGAGGCGCUGAGGGCGGAGGAGCUGCGGCGGCGGGUGGCGGCGGCGGAGGAGGGCGCGGGGCAGGCGGGCGUGAGCGGCACGGCGGCGGCAUUCCAGGAGGGGGCCGACGCGGAGCCGCACCAGGGGAUGGAGUACACGGCGACGCUGCCAGAGGCGGCCGCGGCUGCUGUCCUUGGAACGGCGCCAGCCCCGCUGCCGCUGGCGGCCGCCGGCGCCGACGGCAACUUGCAGGCCGCGGCUGGGCAGCUGACGGGCGACGCCUGGCUGGCCAUGGCCCUAUCCAGCGGCUGGCGGCAGGACAUGCCCAAGCGCAAAGCGCUGGAGCAGGCCUUUGGCUCGGUGCUCGUGUUCUGA